AUGACAUCUAUACAGAAAUUUACAGAAUAUGGAAUGCCUGUGUUUAUGAGUAUCGGUAUAGCAGGUAAUGUUAUCAUACUUUUAGCCUUGAUUGCCACCAAACUCAAACGUGUUUCUUUCAGUCAGUACAUACUGGCCAUGUCCAUAUCAGACUUAGCUUAUUUAUUGUCUUCGGCUAUUAUCUGGAUAUCUGAUCAUUGGUAUGAUUUCUUUAACAAAACUGGUAUCUGUCAGUUAACAACAUACACGUGGUUUUUGGCAAACUUUUUAUCCACGUGGUUUUUAGUGUUUGCUCAUAUUGAACGUUGCUUAAUUAAUUUUGCAAGCGGACGACGGAAAACAUGGUGUAGCUUAUUCCGGACAAAGUGUAUUAUCAUUGUGGUGGCCAUCUUCUCGAUGGUGGCCAAUCUAUACAUAUUGUGG